CUUUGGAAACCCACCCCUACCCUGCCGCUUUCCACUCUCCCACAGCUCGGCUCGCCGUUGGAAACGGAAGAAACUGGAGUGACGAACCAACGGGAGCUUUCUGAAAGGCCGGACGCCACCCCCCCCCCCCCCCCCCCCCCCUCCUCCGGAAGAGGAGCAACGAAGGGGAAAGAAGAAGGAAAGGAAAGGGGAAAAAAGAGGACUCGUUUUCUCCUCUCCGUGUUCACUGCAAUUUGUCUCUAUUUGGUCGAAUUUGAGAGACAGAGACAGAGAGACACACACAUACACCCCCACAGGACGGACCUGAUUACCUCUCCCCCCCGGCCGUCCCUCCUCCAACCUGCAUCAUGAGUAUCGCAUACAGGCGUCUGGAUCCGUCGAAGCGCGAGAUCCGCCUGCUCGAGAUUCAGUCAGCGCGCAGCAUCACUGACCCGGUCGAGUGCCGCCUCGUUACGGUCCGGCUCACCGACGAGCUGUCGCGCGAGUACAUCGCUCUCUCGUCGCUCUACGGCGACGCCUCGGAAACCGAGAAGAUCUACGUUAGUGGGCAGCCCAUCACCAUCACGACGCACCUGUCGCAGGCGCUCAAGCAUGUGCGCGCCGUCUUCUACCCGACCAUCUCGCAGCGCUUCCAGCGCACGCCGGCGCGGAGGCCCCAUGGCGCGCCGAGGUGGCUGAGGCAGCUCUUCGGGCUCAGCAGCUCGCGUGCCAGCGACAACGAGCCUCGGGCGUUGCGGGUGUGGUGCGACUUCCUGUGCGUCAACCAGCGCGACGACCUGGAGAAGUCCAAGCAGAACUCGGACAUGCGCAACGUCUACCGUAACGCGGAGCUCGUCGUCGGCUGGCUGGGCGACAAGACAGAGCAUACGGACGUCGGCAUGGCCGCCCUCGCCCAGAUCGAGGACGCCAUCCCGCCCCACUGGGGCGACCCCGGCGACCGGGAGAAGCACCCCGAGCACUACGCGCCAGCGCACAAAUGGGCCGAGUCCAUCACGCACCUCUGGUCCCCGGGGCCCGCCGGCGAGAUCCCCUUCAUGAUGCCGCACUGGGUCGGCUGCAACGACUUCAUGAGCCGUCCCUACUUCCAGCGCCGCUGGAUCCUCGAGGAGGUCGCCAUGGCCCGGUUUCCCACCUUUCUCAUUGGCGACACCAUCGUGCCCUGGAAGCAGGUUCUGCGCCUGAACCGCAUGAUGGAGGAGUUCAAGUACCACCCGUCCAACGUCUUCCCCCAGUACUUGGCGGCAAUGAUUGUCGACCUGCCUCUGGAAACCGCGCACAAGCUUCUCGACGAGUUCGCCCGGAGAGAGGCACUGGAAGAGGCCAAGAUUCUCCAGGAGACAGGGAGCAGCAGGGCGACCUCGUCCACGCGGUCCACCGACACGAGAUAGCCUGCAUGGCGUGCGUUGUCGAGGGGGGCUGGAUUUUUUUUUUUUUUUUUUGCGGUCCCGAUCCGAUGACAACCCCGAGAGAGGCCGGGGAACCAAUCUUACAUGCUCAUGCUGCUACUGCGGCUGAUGCUGCUGGCCUCUCCCAGGUCGUUGUCGUCGUCAUUCUUCGUUUCCGGGGAUGGCUUAUCCCGAGGUAUCUGGAGGAAUGUGGGAAGGAUGGGGGGAUAUUCCACGGAAGGGCGGUGUUUAGCGUUGUAACGACGAGUAUACCCCAAACGUUUCUUCUAGCCUCUUUUAUUUUCAAAGACAAUCGAAUCUUUUUUCGUUUUCUUCUUCCCCCUCUUCCUC